AUGGCUCGCGGUAGAAUCCCGCCCGGGUUACGGGGCCGUGUCGCGCGCCGCACCACGCCUCUAGCUCAAUUCCUCCUCCUACAGACCUUCACCGUUCCGGAAUGCCGGACUCCCAGCCCCUUCUAUCAUGCGCGCCGAUACGGGACAAUUGGCCGAAGCGGGGACACCGGUGCGAAUGCAAAGGAAGCACUGGAAAGUGCAGAACAUGAUGCGGCCACAGAUUCAGCGACGGAUACGGCAGCGAGGGACACACAGUCUAGCCGGGCUGUCGCUAGAGAAGCCGCAAGCUCGUCAAGUUCCGGAUCGUCAAUCGUCAGCGACGUAAAAGACUGGGAAUACAACCCGAACAUGAAGAUCGAGUCAUUCAAGGAUUUACCGCAUGCCAAUUUCGGCGUGAACCAACACAUUCCCUUCGAUGCCGAGUUCAAGGAGGUUCUGAAGGCGAUACCUUGGCAGUUCCGCGCACCGAUUCGGUACGCAUUUGCCUACGGCUCCGGUGUCUUCCCGCAAUCAAAAUCCAGCGGGCGGGUACCAACGGCGGAUGAGAUUCGUUCUGUUCAUCCCAAGGCGCCGCCUGCUGUGCAGAGGGCCCAGGAUGGCACUCCCAAGAUGAUAGACUUUAUAUUCGGCGUUUCGCACACCCAGCACUGGCAUUCUCUAAACAUGAAGCAGCACCGCGACCACUACUCUUCGCUUGCUCGCCUUGGGUCCGGUGCUGUUUCCUAUGUUCAGGACAAGUUGGGAGCUGGCGUCUACUUUCACCCCUAUAUUGUCGUCAACGGAAUUCUGAUCAAGUACGGUGUUGUGCAAUUGGGCACGUUAGAAAGGGACCUGAGCCAGUGGGAAACGCUGUAUCUUGCCGGGCGCCUGCACAAGCCAGUCAAGAUACUGCGCGACGAUCCAAUGAUACGGAUGGCUAACCAAAUGAAUCUCCUUUCGGCUCUACGGACGGCACUCCUGUUGCUGCCGCCGAAAUUCACGGAGGAGGAGCUUUACGGCACCAUUGCGGGCAUCAGCUACCUCGGCGAUCCGCGCAUGACUCUCCCGACCGAGAACCCGAGCAAAGUGAAGAACAUUGUCGGCAGCAACAUGGCCAACUUCCGGCGUCUCUACCUCCCUCUCAUCGAGACCCUCCCCAACGUCCAAUUCAAUGACCCCGCUUGCAGCUCAAGAGAUUGGAUCUGGGACAACACCAACCUGAAGCUGGUCCAGGACAUGGACCCCGUCAAGCGCGGCAACAUGGUGCGCCGGCUACCCAGGGCGUUCCGAUCUCGCCUGUACUUCCAGUACCAGAAGAAGUUUGCCAUCCCGCAGGCCGAGUUCGACAAGAUGAUGGACGAGAGCAAGAACGAGGACUCGGUCGCCUUCAAGCGCCGCGAGGGCGGCGGUUUUGAGCAGCGCAUCGCCCAGGACGACCCCGCCGAGCUCCGCGACUACAUCCGCACCGUCAUCAAGCGUACCAUCAGCUGGCCGGCCACCACACAGUCCCUCAAGGGGCCCCUAACCAGUGGGUUUAGGAAAACGGUCCGGUAUAUGAUGGAGAAGGUGGACAAAUACCGCCAGGGCCGGGCUGCGGGGAAAGCCCAGGCUGCUGCUGAGCGGGAUGACACCCCAAGCGGCAACCAGGAGGCUGAACAGAAGCGGAAGAGUUGA